GAAAGGCGCGGAGCGCUGGACCGAAGUGGCCUCCCCCUCCCCGAGGUCGGCGGUCUCUUAGCCGCUGGGGAGCGGGGCUGCAGCUUCUGCAGCUGGAUUUCCCACUCUGACAGGCGCCAUUUUACCGCCCAGAGGUCUCCCUCCUCCUCUCUUUCCCCCCUCCUCUUCCCCUCUGACACUACUUCCGGUGGUGACGUGUAUUCGCUUCACCGGGACUAAAGUUCCCCCUACUCGGUCUUACGGGGGUAGGGAUAGGGAAAGCCGAGCGCGCCCCCAACAACACUUCGAUAUUGCGCAAGCGCCGAAGGCGACCGCGGGGCGGGGAGUGGAGCAAAGUCAACAGCGUGGGCGGGGCGGAGUGACGUCACUUGCCCUGUGGCUCUGACCGUCGAGGGAGGGAUGUGCGACCCCCUCCCCUUCCCUCAGACAACUGUCCCAACGGCUGUUCCCGCCCCAGUCAUUGUGAAAAUGUAGGCUGUGGGUAUCGUCCCUACGUCUGUGCACUAAGGCUCGGGAGGGGCCAUUUCGCUUAAGCUCUCCUGGGAAUACUGAACAUAAAAUCACCUCUCAUUCCGGCCUUUGCCAGCUCUUAAUUGUGGGAGGAAUGAGUGCCCCGCCCUCUCACCCGGAGCGGGCGGGGCUGUGGGUCGUGACGCCAUCAGAGAGCGUCGAAGUAGGAGUUUGAAGGCAGUCAGAGAUGCUGGAUUCUCUGUUGGCCCUGGGCGGCCUGGUGCUGCUUCGCGAUUCCGUGGAGUGGGAGGGGCGGGGUCUUCUGAAAGCGCUCAUCAAGAAAUCUGCACUGCGUGGGGAGCAAGUCCACGUCUUGGGCUGUGAAGUGAGUGAGGAAGAGUUUCGAGAAGGUUUUGACUCCUGUGUCAACAGCCGGCUGAUUUACUAUGACCUCUUCAGAGACCCUCUCAGUUGGUCAAAAACUGGGGAGGCUUUUCCUGAGGGACCCCUGGGAGUCUUGAGAGCCAUAUGUAGGAGGGCAGAUCCUGGUCCUGCCACCAUAGCUCUUGAUUCACUCAGCUGGCUUUUGCUUCAUCUUCCCUGUACUGCAGUCUGCCAGACCCUCCAUGCUCUGAGCCAUCAGAACUCCUACCCUGGUGAUAGUUCCCCAGUAAAGCAGGUGCAUGUAUUGGGCCUGCUACAUGAAGAACUUCAUGGCCCAGGCCUUGUGGGAGUACUGAGCAGUCUUACCCAGACUGAGGUGAUUCUGGGUGGUUUAAUGGGCCAAGCCUCAGCCCAUGUCCUCUUUCGGAAGCCCCAACAGCGCCCAACUUAUCAGACUUCCUGGUUUUCCAUCCUUCCUGACUUUAGCCUCGACCUCCAGGAGGGGCCUCCCCUAGAGUCCCAGCACCACCCAGAUCCUCAUACAUCUCUGGUGGACCCCACGACUCAUUUGACCUUUAACCUUCACCUGUCCAAGGAAGAAAGAGAAGCCAAGGAUAGCCUGAUUCUGCCCUUCCAGUUCAGUUCUGAAAAACAGCAGGUUCUACUGCGUCCUGCGCCAGGCCAGGCUACCAGCCACAUCUUCUAUGAGCCAGAUGCUUAUGAUGACCUAGACCAAGAAGACCCAGAUGAUGACCUUGAUAUUUGACUGGCCAGACUUGACUACACUAAUGGAAAUGGGUGGGAGUGGGAGGACUGUGGUCCCAGUUUCUGUACUGCCUUUGUUCCUUUGUCUAUAGAGGUCCUACCCUAUGAGGUAGGAAGCAGUAUCCAAUCAGAACAAAAAGUGGGAUGAAGAGAUAGCAUAAGGUGAGGAAAUAGGAACAACCCCCAUACCUAAUAAAAUCUUUUAUUAAUUUU